ACAUUUCGAAUGCAAUUUUCGCAUGACAAAGUAGGGAGAGAGAAGAAAAAAACACAGUAAAAUCUACUUUUCUUCUGAAUACACAACAGUGAUUAUUAUACCCAUACAAAGAGGAAGGUCGCAGCAGAAGCAGUAAAUUGAUUAGUUUUAUUUGGUGGCAUACUUUGGUGUGGUGGAUCGCAUUCGCAGCUAUCCCUAUUAUUGCUCCGUAAUUUUCGUAUUCCGGAACGGUGACGCAUAUUCGGAUGGCUAUCAACCAAAACACAACCGAUUCGUCGUUCCAAAGCUCUGGGAAUGGUGGCAGUAGUUCAGCUACUGCCUUGCGUGUGCUGCUUGAGCAAUUGCUGCUCCAAAGCGUCAACAAUGGUGAUGCAAACUUUCUCACCGAGGUCGAAUAUCAGAAAAUUUGCGAAUACAUCGUGGUCCUGCUCGUGGGCGAUCAAAUCGAUGCGACGACCAAGCAAGAAAUUCGCAGCCUUCGUUCGCUAGCCGACAAAAUUACCAAACAAUUCCAGCAGCUGAUUGAGCGGAAGGCGUUCCGCGAACUGGUGAAGGAUUGCCUCGAAAAGAUGUACACGGCCGAUGCACUGUCGGUGAAAAAACUCCCCUCGCCGUUUGCCACGAUCAUGCUGGCGCUCAUGGAUCCCCAACAGGGCGUUGCGUGGAUUCUUUCCAAGAACAUGAUCGACGAACAUAUCAGAAAAAUUCUCACCGUUUUCAUUGACUGGCUGUGUAAGAUAAAUUUUGCACCAAAUUUGAACGUUUGGAUCGUACAAAUGGUGGAAGGGUUGAUGGCGAAGGGCCGAACCAAUUGCAUUUUAAGUGUGCGGAAGGAUAAGCUGAAGCAAUGCAAGGAAGUGAUGCAGCUUCCGCUCUAUCAGCAGCAGGUCGGGCCAGUGAUCAAUUGUUUGGAAGCUUGCGGAGACUUGCAACUGGAUAAUAGUCGUUUAAGCUACUCCUGCACCGAGCGUUACGAUAACGCUUUGGACGCUGACAAUAGUUUGACCCGUUCGAAUGCCCGUGUAGGAUUGGUUAAUUUGGGUAAUACUUGCUACAUGAACAGCGUAGUGCAAGCUUUGGCGAUGACCAAACAGUCAGUAAACCCAUUUCUAUCAAGAAACCUUCCCAUAUGUCGCACGAUGUAUGUAUUUUACUUUAUUUUAUUAUUUUUUAGAUUUUGCACGGAAGUUUUGCUGAAGCAAAUCGACGCACCGCCAUUCUCCGAAAUUCAACAGCUGCUGGCUCUUUUGAUUCAUUCACGACGGCCUGAAUUGACCCCGCGUGCGGUACUCGCCUCGACUAGGCCACCCGGUUUCGCGCCAGGCUAUCAGCAGGAUUCCUCCGAGUUUCUAAGCUAUUUGUUAGAUCGAUUGCAUGAGCAGGAGAAAAAGAUUUUAAAUGGCAAUGUUACUCAGCAGCAUAACACUUCGGCGCUGAUUUCACCGAACGGCAGCGGAACAAUUGCCACCAACAGCACCAAAACGCUGGUGCAGAAAACCUUCGAAGGACAGCUGUCCGUUGGCUGUUUGUGUACGGUUUGCAACAGCACGAACCACACUACCGAGACGUUCCGUUCGCUCGAUUUGUCCUUUCCGGAGGAUAGUGAUCUGUCGGCCGCCGGCGAUGGUACGCAUUCUGUACAGAAACUGCUCGACUAUUUCUGCUCUUCCGAGAAGCUGGUGGGCGAGAACCAGUACUUCUGCGAUCGCUGCCGGCAGCUGCGCGAUUGCGAACGUUCCGUGACCGUUGCCGUACCGCCUCAAAACCUUAUUCUGACGAUCAAGCACUUCCGGUACGACCAGAGCCGCAACUUGCGGGCGAAGCUGAUGAACAAGAUUCUGCACAACGAGGACAUUUCGCUUACCAUCACGGAUGAGGCAGGCCACUGUCGCCAGCUGCACUACCGCAACUACGCGGUUGUAGUGCACUACGGUACAAGCAUGGACUCGGGCCACUAUUACACUUACGCACAGGAUGGUACGGGAACGUGGUUCAAGUUUAACGACAACUAUGUAACGGAAUGCACCACCAGCGAGCUGCAAAACAUACCGAGCCCCAACACGCCGUACAUUUUGUUCUACCAACUGGUCACGAACAACGCGUCGGAAGCAACGGAAGCCGCCGCAAGCAGUGCGGACCAACCGAUCGGAUCAUCGUAUGGCGAAAUCAGCAGUGGAAUGAACGAAAGCUUUCCGGCACUGAACGAAUUGCCCAUUCGGCUGCAGGAGUUUGUGCGCGAUGACAAUCUCCUGUACCACCGGGAAGUGCAGGAGCAACGGGACAAAAAAGCCUCCAAGCUACCGCUGCUAUCAUUCGGCGGAAGUGGAGGCAAUCGACGCCAGUCAGACGAUUACGACGAUCCUCCACCAAGCUCGUGCGGCAGCAAAUGGCUCCAGUCGUCGAAUAAUUUUAUCUUUUAAAAUCCCUAACAGCGUUGCGUUUUGCGAAGAUGUACGAUCUUUGGUCCAUGCUCUUACACCUUCCAUUAUUUCCUAUUAUUUGACAAUUAUAAUGGCUGACAUGGAACAUGCGAUGGAUCAUUAGCAGUCGUUACUCAAUUAAAAAAAAACUUUGAAACGGUGUUGAA